CUCACGGCAAGCUCCAGAGCCCAAAUCACAAAAUGUUACCCCUCGGUCUCUUGAACGCCGCCCAAGGGCACCCCAUGCUCGUCGAGCUGAAGAACGGCGAAACCCUUAAUGGCCACCUGGUCAUGUGCGAUACCUGGAUGAACCUCACAUUGAAGGAGGUUGUUCAAACGAGUCCGGAAGGCGACAAGUUCGUCAAGAUACCCGAAGUUUACGUCAAAGGAAACAACAUCAAAUACCUACGAGUCCCCGACGACAUCAUUGACGUCGUGAAGGAGAACCAACAGAACCAGCAAGGAGGAUUCCGCGGUGGCAGAGGUGGAUCUAGAGGAGACCACGGCGGCCGCGGUGGCGACAGAGGUCGGGGCAGAGGUCAAGGCCGUGGAGGCAGAGGAAGAGGCAACCGUGGUGGUGGUGGGCAAUAAUGAUAUCCCGGACACGACCAUGACGAGCCCAGCCGAUGUACGGUUCCCAGCAGCUACUCUGCACCAGUGGAAGAAACAUGUGGUCCUUUGAAGUCUGCAGAUGUCCAUAUUGGACGUCUUGCGCGAAAAGGAAUCCGAAUGCGGAUGCCAUUCGGAAUUACAAGGCCGCCCGCCUGGGAAACAUGCGAAUCGACAUAAUCAUUUUACGUUUUAAAAGCAGGAAAAUAAACCCGUGAGAGGCCAUGCUCCUUCGUAUAUCGCA